AUCACAGUUAAAGAAGAUAAAGUGGACAUGAAUAACUCAACGCUGAACCACAAUAUAACUGAAUCAUCCAUAAACUCUAUAAUGGGUUUAAUGAGCAUUGUGCAUGUUUGUGUUAUAGGCAUCAAUUACCUUUUUGGUCUUCCUACACACACCUAUGUCAUAUGGCUUAUAGUCACAAGGUCAGAAAGUGAAAUUUCAUUGGAGUUUUUCAAUCUCAAUCUCUCUGUCUGUGAAAUUGGAAACUGUCUGAAUUGUUUCUUGGUCGCACUGUCAAUGUGGUUUUCAAGUCUCCAGAAACUGUCCUAUUUUUCCAGAGGUCUAUGUAUCACCGGCCGUCCUCUGUUUCAGUGUCUGAUCUGUGUCGAGCGUUACCUGGCUGUGGUUCAUCCUGUAACCUUUCUGAAGUUCAAACCUCUCAGAUAUAAAGUCAUCUGCUGCACGGCUGCCUGGAUCAUUUGUCUUGGAUCCUGUUUGUGUUGCUUGUUUAUUUUGAUAGUUUUUGCAUUUGAUAUGUUUGUAUUGUUCUACUCAGUGCAGUUCUUCCUCUUCCUCUUCAUUCAGUUGUUUUGUGGUUUGGCUGUUCUCAAAGCUCUGAAACAGUCAGGACCAGGAGAGAGAGGGAGAGAGAGAGAGGAGGAAAACCACAUGAAGAGAAGAGCGUUUCAUCUCAUUCUCAUAAUUACUGUCAGCACACUUAUUGCUUAUGUUCCAUCUUCUUUUAUGGGAUUGUUUAUUGUAAUGAUAAAACAGUAUACACAGGAACUGUAUUUAAUUGCGUUGGUUUGUUUUUUGUUGGCUGGUUUUGUUCAGCCUGUUCUUUAUUUGCACCGUGCUGGAAAGCUCUGCCGCUUUUCUUCAGCAUAAAAUCUGCAGUGGUUCUUGGUGUUAUUUCACUUUUUGGUUAGUUUCAUAACACUUCUAUGUUACUAUUUGUAGUUGCUCUAUUUUAGUUCAAAGUGAAUUGUUGCUGUCCUGUGUACAACAUUGUAUUGUUGCAGUAGUUGUUGUAAGGUAAUAUUUUUUUUUCUUUUUCCUUCACUGUGUUUUUUGUUUUGUGAACUAAAACCCACUUUGUCAUUUUUAAAAAUCUUCGACUGCUUGAUUUACAUUACAAAUUGUUUUUAUUGUAUCCAGUUUUGGUGAUAUUUAA